AGUUGGUUUGGCUUAUUUUGUCUCUUCAUACAUCCAUAUAUUUCACACAGUAGAAAUGGCUGCAGUUGAGAAACUGAGAAGUGUUAUCAACGAGCGACUAGCUGCAGCUGCCGAUGAAAUAUUUGGAGUUUUUGCUCAAGCUUUAUCAGCAUACGAGGAGGAGAUUUGUCGUCAGCGCAGAUUAUUGGAUACCGUCUUGAAGCCUCAGAUAAAGCUGCACAGAACAGAGCUCCCUCAGCAACAUGUCUGUAAUGAGGAUGAGGUUCUCAGUGACCAGCAGCUCUGUAGUCAGGAAAGGAACUCCAGUCUGGACCAAGAGGACCCAGAGCCUCCACAGAUUAAAGAGGAACAGGAGGAACUUUGCACCAGUCAGGAGGAAGAGCAGCUUGAACUAAAGCAGGAGACUGAUGUCUUCAUGGUGACUCUUACUGAUGAGGAAAGUGUGCACAGCGGACGGACCUGUGCAAAAGAGUCUGUAGGCAAGCCCCAGAUAAAGCUGCACAGAACAGAGCUCCCUCAGCAACAUGUCUGUAAUGAGGAGGAGGUUCUCACUGACCAGCAGCUCUGUAGUCAGGAAAGGAACUCCAGUCUGGACCAAGAGGACCCAGAGCCUCCACAGAUUAAAGAGGAACAGGAGGAACUUUGCACCAGUCAGGAGGAAGAGCAGCUUGGACUAAAGCAGGAGACUGAUGUCUUCAUGGUGACUCUUACUGAUGAGGAAAGUGUGCACAGCGGUCAGACUUGUGCAAAAGAGUCUGUAGGCAACAUGCCAGUUAUAAGCGUUGUGGUAUUAGAAGCACAAAGUCAUCUGCAGCUCAUCUCUCACAAUUCUGAUGACUCAGGGUUAACAAGAACUGCAGAUCCAGAAAUAAACAAAAGACAUCACAAGACCAAAAGGAACAAUGUAAACAACGCUAACUUGUCAGACAUGCAACGUAAUACUUGCACAGUGAAAAAUAAUUUAAAAUGUGAAACUUGUGGGAAAGAUUUUAAGUACAUGUCAGUAUUACGAAGACACAUGACCAUCCACACAGAUGAGAAGCCAUAUUCUUGCCAAACAUGUGGAAGAGGUUUCAGAGAAAGUAGUUCCUUGAUGUACCACAUGCGAGUCCACACAGAUGAGAAGAAAUAUACUUGCAAAACAUGCGAAAAAAAAUUCAGAUUUAACAUUGACUUUGAGAGUCACAUGAGAAUCCACACAGGAGACAUGUCCUAUGUUUGCAUGACCUGUGAGAAAAGCUUCAAUGAGAAGUCCAAAUUUAAAAGGCAUAUGAAAGUCCACACAGCUAACUUGUCAGACAUGCAACAUAAUACUUGCACAGUGAAGAAUUUCAAAUGUGAAACUUGUGGGAAAGAUUUUAAGUUCAUGUCAAAAUUGCAAAGACACAUGGCCACCCACACGGAUGUGAAGCCAUAUUCUUGCCAAACAUGUGGAAGAGGUUUCAGAGAAAGUAGCAACUUGAUGCAACACAUGCGAGUCCAUGAAAAGAAAUUCACUUGCAAAACAUGCGGGAACAAAUUCAGAUUCAACAUUGACUUUAAGAAUCACAUGAAAAUCUGCACAGGAGAGAAGAAAUAUGAUUGCAAAACCUGUGGGAAGAAAUUCCAAUUUAACAGUAACUUUAAGAGUCACAUGAGAGUCCACACAGGAGAGAAGCCCUAUGUUUGCAUGACCUGCGAGAAAAGCUUCAAGGAGAUGUCCCAAUUAAAAAGGCAUUUGAAAGUCCACACAGGUGAGAAACCGUAUGUUUGCAUGACCUGCGAGAAAAGUUUCACUCAGAUGUCAAAAUUAAAAAGGCAUAUGAGAGUCCACACAGGUGAGAAACCGUUUGCUUGUAAAGCAUGUGGGAACAAUUUCAGACAUAGCGAUGAAUUAUUGAACCACGACUCCACUACUGCAAUAGCAUCCUCUACUACAGCAUACCAUCCAACCUCCUCAAUAAACUCCAACAUAUCCAGAACUCUGCUGCCCGCCUCCUCACCCACACCUGCUCCCGAGACCACAUCACUUCCGUCCUCCAGAACCUCCACUGGCUCCCCGUCCGUCAAAAAAUCGACUUCAAAGUCCUGCUCAUAACGCACAAAGCCCUCAACAAUCAGCCCCCCCCCC